AUGGGAGUGUGCGCCUCCAAACCAAAGACCGAUGAAAUCGACAUCGAAGAGCCUCCAAAGACGAUCAAGUCAGAAGAAGGAUCCGAUUCUCUGGAUCAGAAUUACUCGUUGAAUUCUUAUGCUGGCGUCUCAUCAGUUUUGGAUCAGAUGGAAGAGUCACUCACAAGGCAAAAAAUAAGUGCAUUGGAAUCGUUAGAAGCCUACAUUAAAGACGACAUUAACGCAAGAUCCUGCGAUUUGAUCGAAGGAGAAGCGCUAGAAUCGACAGCAAGUGUCGAAAUCAACCGAAUCAAUGACACAGUCGCCCGUCUUCGCCAAUCCAUCUCGACAUUGGAUUUGAUCAGCGAACCAGCGCUCGUCGCUAAUGCCAGUCCUUACGAGAAGCCGCUCUUUGCCUCGCCAUUUACAAACUCGGAGCUUUCGCUCGAAAGCAUCACCAGUGAUCUCGGAGGCUCAAUAAGCGCCAAAAGCCCCUCACACUUGAAAUAUCAGUUUCUUGUCGACAGCCGAGUGCCACCAACAUUGUCCCCUUUAUCAGCACGCAGCGCUACUAGGACUUCUUCGGAAGGAGAAAACUCGCAGCAGGAAGAGGCGGCGGAAAAAUUCCAAGCUUAUGGAAAUGUGCUAGAAGUCUGGAAAGAGUACGAAGGAGUUGAGCUCAACUGUAAAUCAUGGCUACAAGAAGCGGAAAUUCGACUUUCUGUUAUGGGAGCGCCAAGCACUGACUUGGCAACUUUGAAUGAGCAAAUUAUCGACGCUAAAACUGCGCGGCACGAUGCUGAUGGCCACAAAAACUCCUUCAAGCGACUGGAUCAAACUGCACGGGCGAUUGGUCGACUUGGGGACGAGCUUGUUUCUCAUCGAGACCAGCAACGCGUCUCCCGUCAAACUCAAAAACUGCGCCAAGGCUUCCAGGCCCUGUCGGAUAAAAUCGACAUGAAGGUGAAAGAACUAAUGGAGAUGGGCAACGAAUUGCAGCAACUCCAGGAGAAAAUCACAAACGCAAACAAUGAAGCAGAAGUCGCCGCGCGAGUCCUAAAGGAAGUUUCUCGAGCUGCAAGGGCUGAUAAAAACUUGCUAGAAGAACGACGAGAUAGGCUGAAACUCUCGCAGACGGAGAUCAAACGGGCAGAGCGUGAAAUCAAGGAGUCAGGGGAAAAAGCAGCGCUCAAGGUUUUGUCAAAAUGUGGCGAAGAAAACGCACGUGCAGUUCGAGAAAAGCUCGCAAGCGCUCAAAGACGAACAGAAGGCGUCGUCGAGGAUAUCGAAAAAGAAGAGCGAAAACUUUCAAGAAUGAUUGAGCUUCUAAGCGACUUCGAAAAUCACGCUGAUCACUUGGAGAAUGAAAUCCAAACAUUGCAAAAUCCAAAAGCCUGUGAAGUGAAACUCGGCAAUUUGCGCGAAUCGGCGUCUUACCUGCUCGAUUCCGGCAACUUCUCGGAUCACAGUCCCGUCACACUGAGGCUUGAUCGCUUGAAUCGUAUGCUGGCGAAUGCUUCGGAGCAGAGCAGAGAACGAAGGAAUGCACUUGAAAACGAAAAGCGACGGGAAACAGAGCGUGAGCGCGAGUUUGAAAAUGUCAAAAUCGAGCUCGGUCAAUUCGAUGUCGUUUCUAUUCAAAGCCUUGCGAAUCUGCCCGCUGACCUCAACAAGCUUGACAAUUUGAUAACAAAGUGGGAAAAUCUCGAGCCCAAGCUCGAGUACUUAGAAAGCACCUCUGAAAGUCCAAUUAUGCAGCCAGGCUCGACUGCUUCUCUUCGCAGAAGAAGCAGAACAAGAAGACAGGGCGGCACACUCCCGAGGAAUUCAGGAAGACUUUCUGGAGCGUCUGCUUCCGGUGUUGAAGGUUUGAGAUUGAAGUACGAGAGCAUUGGAGACAGACUAAUCAACACAAGAAACGUGGGCCAAAUACUUCUAGAGCAGCUUGAAGUGUGGCAUUCGAACCAGGUGAAAGCAGAACACAUCAUGAAAAAUCUGGCUGACUCGUCAUCUUUGAUAUCAGCGAUGGGAGACGUGGCGGAAGCCGUGCGUUCCGGCAAAGCUGUUAUCACUACAUGUCGCACCAAACUAGAUAACGAGCCCAAGGACCUUCCGAAAUUAGAGUCGGAAGUCGACCAACUCCAAAAACAAUUUAACGAUGUGCAACAGGAAAUCAUGGACGCGCGAUUGUCCAAGGAUCAAAAAUCAAAAGACAUUGAUCAUUGGCAGCAGCGCUUUUAA